GCCUGGUUUUGACUCCCAAGCGAGGAGGAGGAGGAGGAGGAGUGGAUGGAGAGGGACACCUUCUCAGGCCUUGGCAAUGGCACCCAGGUGGACAGCAAAGUUCUCCAGACUUUCCAGAAGAGCUUUGUCCAGGUCCAGAGCAUCUUGGAUCAGAAUAGGCUGUUGAUCAAUGAGAUCAACCAGAACCAUGAGUCGAGGAUCCCCGACAACCUCAGCCGGAACGUCGGCCUGAUCCGAGAGCUCAACAACAACAUCAGGAGGGUCGUCGAGCUCUACGCCGACCUCUCUAGCUCAUUUGCCAAGUCCAUGGAGUCCUCGGAGGGAGACUCAGCUGGCACUCUUAGGUCUUCUGAUGGGAAGCCUGGCCAGAAGAGAAUUAGGCCUGGGUAGACGCAAAGUCAGGCAGAGCCCCUUGUCUUCUUCCUUGGGAGGCACAGAGAUAAUGGUGGUAGGAUUGGACCUUGAUAGCUUCGCAGAGAAAGAGAGAGAGAGAGAGAGAGAGAGAGAGUAGAGUCCAAUAAUAGGUGAUUUCUUGCAUUGUUGUAAUCCUAUCUAACUCCGCUUCCUCUCUCUGCUCUCGUUGAAAUGAUUCUCUGCGCGCAUUCUGAAGUAGUUUAAUUUUCUUCUAGUGUUCUUGUAUCCGUCCUAUGGACAUCCCAUAAUAAUAGAGUGAGCAUUGCAGCUUUUCUUAUA